AUGCAAGGAACAUCACAAAAUUUUCAUUAUCACUUUAUGGAAAACAACCUCACAAAAAAGUUGCAAGUACAAUCAAAAAAAAUUCUCAAAAACAUUCCAAAAAAAAUUUUCUCCCCAAACCACUUGAGAGUAAGUUGCAGACUUGAUACCACAUCAUACCAAACAAGAACAUUAUCCUACAAACACCACAGUAAAAUCAUGAAGGCCGUUAAAUUAAUCCAGAAACACAAUCCUCAUACAUUAGUCAAGGACAUCACCAUUUGUCUUAAUAUGCCCAUUUUAGCAAAAGAAUCAAGUUCAGACUCACAUGUUAUUUAA